UCCUCCCAUUAAGUCUAACCUCAUAAGUUACAUGUUCUAAUAAGGCACUUUUUUUUCAUCAUGUUCACAAGAAAGUAAAAGAAAAAAUUUGUAAUAAAAAGUUAAAGACAUGAAGUAUAAAUAUUACAAAAACAAAAUCUUAUAAAUAGGAACAAACCCAGCAUGGUGCCAAUAUCAUUUCAACGAAAGCCACCUUUUUAUUGUAGUUGUCUUCAUCCCUCUGCUCUACUCUCAGCCAUAGCCACCACCAUUAGUGGAGCCUCGCCCGAUCGGAGCAGACACGUGGCAGUCUUUGCCUUCCCCUACGCCACUCAUACCGCUCCUCUGCUUAACCUUGUCAUCGCUGCUCCUCACACGAGCUUCUCCAUUUUCACCACCCUACAGAGCAAGCAUUCCCUCUUAUUUUUUAAACUUAGCAACACCCUCCCUAAAGUUUUACACUGUCUCCGAUGAAAUCCCCGAUAGUCUUGACCUCACCAACCACCACCCAUCCGGAGGCUGAACGUCUCUCUUAAAGCUGGUCCUCAGAACCUAAAACAGGGCCUAAGUAUGGCAGUUUCAAAGAGGAAUCUGAGAGUGAUGUGUGUGAUUUCUGAUGCUUUCGUGACUUCAUCUCUUGUUCUUGCUCGAGAGUAUGGUGUGCCUUGGAUUGCUCUCUGGACUUCGUAUACUUGUUCUCUCUCUGCUCACUUCUACACACAAUUGAUUUGCGAAAAGCAUCGUGUUGGCAGUGGUGAUGAAGAUGGAACCUUGGCUUUCAUCAAUCCUAGCUUUUCAAAGUAUUAGCUUGCGAGGUCACGGGAGAAGAAAGCAUAGUGGAAUGAAAAGCAGAGCUCAUGCUCGUGGGUUAGAUAAAUGAGAGGAAAGAGAAAGCACAAAAAUUUAAAAGCUAAUCAAUGCUUCCCAACGACUAGAUCAACGCAACGCAAGAAAAAAAGCCACUACUGAUAGCUUCUAAAUUAACGCUCGUUUAACUCUAACUGAGGUUGAUAUAUUUUGUUAAUCCAAACAUUAUUUUUUAACUUUUUUACUCUCUAACCUCAGUUUGACUCACUCUAACAGAGGUUAGAAUGUAAACCAAACAUGCACUUAGUUUUAUUGACCAACAUUGAUGGGGUGGGGAGAAGGGACACAUGCACGUUAAGUUUUAGACAGUUCUGGAUGAUUAGUUCUCCUUGGGACAACAUUGAUAAGUUGUUUUAGUUUUAUUUCAUGCCAUUGCUUACUUGAAGUUAGAACAAUUGACAUUUCAAGCUGUAGAUCUGAAACUUUCCUAAUGAUGUGUUCAAG